AUGAAUAUUGAUCUGUCUGAUGUAAAAACAAAUGAUAAUGUUCCAUUAACAUCACGAGAUCGUUAUUUUUUCAAUGAAUUAAAUCGUUAUAUGACUGAUGAAUCAGCUAAAGUUGGUAAUGAUCCAUCAAAACAACGAUUUGCCGUUUUUCGAUUAGCUUUCGAAAAAGUAAUUAAUAAAUCGUCUCUAUAUCGACCAUUAUUUCGAGCUAUUAAACAAGAAUAUGAACGAUGUAUUAAUGUACUUGAAUCAGGCGCUGAUGAAGUCCAAACAAUGUCUGAUGAUCUUCAUCGACUUGUUUUACAACCAAAAACAUUUUUACUUCAACAAAAACGAUGUAUGGAAUUAGAAGAUAAACUUGCAAUUAUAGAAAAAGAAAAUCGAAAACUCGAAGGAGAAAUUAAUGAAAUAGUAAAUGAAACGAAAACAUUCGAAGAAGAAUUAAUGAAACCAUUUAUUGAGAAAAAUAAUAAUGAGAAUAAUAAUACUUUACAAUUACGAACUGGCCGUCGACGUAUACCAGGUUUAACAUUUGCUGAACAAACAGAUUUAAAAACAUUAGAAAAAUAUUAUGAUUUUCUUCGAAAUAAAUAUUCUCAAUUUGAAGAAAAUUCUGUUAAGAAUUAUACAACAAAAGAAAGACGAAAUGAAGUACAAGAAUUAUUUGAAGAAAUUCUAUCGCAAUUAGAUAAAGAACGUGAACAAAGAUUAACAUUACGAAAUCGUCUUCGUUUAUAUCAUCUUGUAUGGAAUAUAAUUAAAACAUAUUGUACAAAAGAAAAGAAAAUAUCAAUAAAUUCGGUUUUAUUAGAAGAUCUGAUUAAAAAAGCAAUUUAUGAAUCGACGAAUAUUUUUCAAAAAAGUGAACCAGAUGAUGAAGAUGAAUAUAAUAGUGAAUCAUUAUAUAAUCGUGAAGCAAGCAUUUUAGUAGAUCAUAUUGAAAUUUUUAUAAAUAUGAUUGAAAGUGGAAAUUAUAAAGAAGCAUCGUAUGUAGCAGCAUGUAGUCCAAAAGGUGUAUUAAGAAAUAUGGAAACAUUAUUAAAAUUUAAAGCUCUUAAACAACCAUCGAAUGAAGAUAUAAGUCCAUGGCUUUUUCAUUGUAAAGUGCUAGCUGAAACAGCAUUAGAAGCACCAUUUAAACCUGAUUUAAUCAUGUCAUUAGAAUGUACAAAAGCAGCAUGUAAUGAAAAUCAACUUAAUCUUCUCUAUAAAUGGAUAGCUGAAGAUAGAUUAACAUGUUCUUUUGAAAUGGCACAAAUUGUUGAACGAUUAAAUGCUUUAGACUUAGCUGAAUUUAUUUAUCGUAAACUGAAUGCUUAUUAUGAAGUUGCUUCGUGUCUUUUACAAGCAGGAUCAUCAAAACGUUGUUUGGAUUAUCUUAUAUCUAUUAUUGAUUUCAAUCCGAAUAUAAAAGAUACAAUAAUUCAAUUAUUUAAUCAAUAUCCAUCUGUUAAAUUUGCUGUUGAUAUAGUUAAAACUGCCCCGACUGGAUAUUUACAAGCCGAUGAAAUUGUACUUCUUUUUCUUCAACUUGAUCAACAUUUAAAUGCAAUGCAAUUUGUUGAACAAUUAAUGCAAGAAAAAGAUACAAUGUGUAAAACAGAAACAGACAAAUUACAAACAUGUUUCGAUAUAUUAAAGAAAUAUUCACAUUUAGCUGAUAAUAAAGGACCAUCACCAGAAAUUGUCGAUGAAGAUAGUAAUGCUAAUGAAGCAGAAUUCGCUCAUCAUUUAACACGACGUAUUACGCGUUCAGCAUUAGAUCGACUUCGACGUGCACGUCGAGCAAGUAAUGCAAAUAAUAUCUCGCUUGAACCUAUUGAAGAACAUCCAGUAUUAUCACCAUCACUAUCGCCAUCACCACCACCAUCUCAAUUUUCUUUAUGUCAUGAAGAUUUUUUUAAUGGGUUUUCAAGUAAACUUUAUUUUACUGAUGAUGUAGAAUUAAAACAAGACAAAUUAAACGAAUAG